CAGCACACAGCACCUAGUUGGAGCCUUAAGACGAAAAAUUGAUUGAUUGACACAUGAUCGGAUACUCCACCUAUUGAUUGAUUAAUUGUGUGUCAAGUUUUCGUACUGAGAAACAUAGGCGAUAGCUGGUAAAUUACAUAUAUAUAACGAGCCAAUGGAGGAAGACCUCAGCGACAACAAUAAUUUUGAUUAUUCACUCGAAUACGGCGGAAUGAAAAAAUGUCUGACUAUGAACGACAUAUCUUCACUUACGCCGGUCGAGCAGCCGAAAAAGAAAUUUAUAGCUAUGGCUAAAGCAAUUUAUCGUUUUCAUAGAGAUAGGGCAGAUCGCUUACUUUCGAAACGACGCCAAGCAUUCCGUCCUAUUGAAGCUCCAGCGCCGUUUAUGCCCACUGUACUACAGUCACCCAAGUUGAGAUAUAAGGCACGGUCCCGACCUCUUCACGUUAUGUCGCAAAAGGAAAAAGAAGAAAUGGAAGCUGAAGAAUUCAGAAAAUUCAAGAUUAAAGCUAAUCCUAUUCCGAAAUCAGUGUAUGAAGGGUGUAUAAACCUUCCUGACGUGCCAAAGAAAUUUAUAACAGUACCUGAACCAUUCAACUUGACUGAAGUGAUAAAAAAAAUAGCUCCGUCACCACCCAAUGUUUUUGUAUUCAAAGCGCGUCCUGCACCACAACACCCUAUUUCUGUCUCCUUACCUAUUACUUCAACGUUCCACUCCAAACUAACCCCUCCGAGACAUCAUUCUGCACCUAGACCAUGCAAGCCAGUUCGUCGUGGACCCCUUAUAGUAGUGCCAUUUUCAUUUGAAAAGAGGGAUAUAGAACUUAAGCGCCGUCAUGAAGAGAGAAUUAAAAAACAAUGGGAAGAGGAGCGCAAACAAGCUUCUAAAUUUAAAGCGCAGCCACUACCAGAAGCUGUAAAGAAGCAAAUGCAAUCCGCUACAUUCAAAUGUGAUAGAUGUUCAGCCAAACCACCUGUAGAAUCAAACAAAACAUCUUUCAAACCAAUACUGAAGCCAGUUCGACUUAUAAAACCUGGUCCAUUCCAGCUAGCAACAGAAAAGAGAGCAGUGGAUAGAGAGAGAUUUGAUAAGAGCCUAAAAGACAAGGAGGAGGAACGAGAGAAGCUCAAGCAACAGAGAGAGAAAGAGAUACGAAAGGCUAAGGAGCUGGCUACUGCUGAACUGAGGGCUAAAAUGGUGCACCAUCCAAAACCAGUUCUUGUGGUUGAGCAUCCAUUUGUUCCAAAAAAAUCUGAGGCUCCACUGACAGUGCCUGAAACCCCUCAAGUUGUUAAGAGAUCGAAGCGACAUAUAGAUUAGCACACUAGAAUGAUCACAUUUUUUUAAUAGCAUUUAUCCCUCGUCUGCUUACAGACUUGGUAUUGUAUUUCUUUAUUAGAGCUUCGUUAUUCCAGAAUUUCAAAGAUUAGAUAUAUAUAUUUUUAAACAAAAAUGUCACGUUACAUAAACCACCCACUUUUAACAAACAUGUAAACUACUACCUACUAAUUUCUUUAGAAAUUACUGUUUCUAUCUUUAUUGUCUGUUUUGUGGUUCGUACAAUCGCCGAGCAGCCUCGCCUGUACCGCACACUAGAACGACAAGCACAACAAAAAGUAAUUUGUACAAAAAACAGAAUUCAGUUAUGCAAUGUUUUUUCUGACCGCUCAAUCGAUACUGCUAGAUAUUUUUUAUAAAUGGAAUCCAUCUAAUGUGCCAGUAAUGUUCUAUCUGUUUCUGUCGAGAAAUUCUGUUUUAAUUUAUAAAGUUACUAGAAACUUCAAAAUUAAACAAUAAGUACCCUUUUGGUUGAGAAUAGUUCUUUUGAUUAAGUACCAAUCCAAAACAAAUGUUAUUUUUAGUGUUUUGUAAACAUUUUCUGCUAUACAUGAAACUUGCCUCAGAACUAAGUAUUUCAAAUGAUAGUCACAAGUAAACCAAGAUUCCAAGUUAUUUUCUGACCAUAUUUAAAACAUUUUGGACAGUAGUAAGGUGGAUGCACUCUUUCCCUGGAGGAAGGACAAUAACGUUAAUGUUUGCCAAGUCAUUAUUAAUUUUUAAUUUCAACAUAAAUUAUAUUAGUUUUAAGUAGUUUGUAUUGUGUAGUUUAAAAGUUGUGAUAAUGUUUUCCAUUUAUACAUACAUACAUAAUAAUGAUUAUUGAUUUAGUAAUGUGUAAGUUAACUAAGUACUGCAACUCACUUUAUACCACUAACUCACUUUUCACUUUAAAUUAAGAAAUAAAAUUUUGUCAUUUAUAUAUUAAAAGUUUUAUAAAUUACUA